CAAAACUCAUUUCACAAAACAAAUACAAAUACAAAAACAAACCAUAAUCCUCCCAUUAUCCACAACAAAUCCAAACCCUCCCUUCCUCAAAUCCAACGGUCACAACCACCACAAUAUCCAAAACCACAUCCUACAAAAUCUUACUAAACCAGACACUCUCCCUUCACUUCACUUCCACCUCAACUCACCACCAUGGCCUCCAUAACCCUCAAAUCCUUCAUCGGACUCCGCCGUCAAUCAUCGCCGGAAAACCACCAUCCCACCAUAACCCCACCUACCCACCUCCACCGCCGCCGCCUCAUCACCCUCGCCGGAAAAUCCAGCCCCAAACUCUCCGGCCGCAACCUUCGCGUAGCCGUCAUUGGUGGCGGCCCCGCUGGCGGAGCCGCCGCCGAAACCCUCGCCAAAGGCGGAAUUGAAACCAUUUUAAUUGAAAGAAAAAUGGACAAUGCGAAACCAUGCGGUGGCGCAAUUCCGUUAUGUAUGGUCGGAGAGUUCGACCUACCGUUGGACAUUAUCGACCGCCGCGUUACGAAGAUGAAGAUGAUAUCGCCUUCGAACGUGGCAGUAGAUAUCGGGCGGACUUUGAAACCGCAUGAGUACAUCGGAAUGGUGCGUCGAGAAGUUCUCGACGCGUACCUCCGUGAGCGAGCUGCUGGCGCGGGGGCCAGCAUCGUCAACGGUUUGUUUGUGAAAAUGGACAAACCGAUUGACAAGUACGCGCCGUAUGUUGUUCACUACAACGAGUACGACGGCAAAGCCGGAACGGUUGGUAAAAAAGUGACUAUUGAGGUCGAUGCAAUAAUUGGCGCCGAUGGCGCCAAUUCUCGCGUCGCGAAGCAAAUUGAUGCCGGGGAUUAUGAGUACGCGAUUGCGUUCCAGGAACGCAUUAAAAUCCCCGACGACAAGAUGCAAUAUUAUGAAAACUUAGCCGAGAUGUACGUGGGAGACGAUGUCUCCCCGGACUUUUACGGUUGGGUUUUCCCUAAAUGUGACCACGUGGCGGUUGGUACCGGCACAGUUACACAUAAACCUGACAUAAAGAAGUUCCAACUUGCCACGCGCUUAAGGGCGCGUGACAAAAUCCAGGGUGGGAAAAUCAUCCGUGUGGAGGCCCAUCCUAUUCCAGAGCACCCUAGGCCAAGGCGACUCUCUAACAGAGUCGCCCUGGUUGGGGAUGCUGCUGGGUAUGUGACCAAAUGCUCGGGUGAGGGGAUUUAUUUUGCGGCGAAGAGUGGGCGGAUGUGCGCGGAGGCCAUCGUGGCGGGGUCGGAGAACGGAACGCGAAUGGUGGACGAAGCGGAUUUGAGGAAUUACUUGCGCGAAUGGGAUAAAACGUACUGGCCGACGUACAAGGUGUUGGAUAUCUUGCAGAAGGUGUUUUACCGGUCGAAUCCGGCUAGGGAGGCGUUCGUCGAGAUGUGCGCCGAUGAGUAUGUGCAGAAGAUGACCUUUGAUAGCUAUUUGUACAAGACGGUGGUGCCGGGGAAUCCAUUGGAUGAUUUGAAGCUUGCUGUUAAUACAAUUGGGAGUUUGGUUAGGGCCAAUGCUUUGAGAAAUGAGAUGGCUAAGAUUUGAUAUAUUUAUUAUGUUAAUGUUUUUGUAAUAUCUUGUUAAAAGACUUUAAUUGGACGUAUUAUAUAUGUGUUACUUUAACAUCAUAUGAAAAGUUGAUUACUUUAGCAUGAAUA